CAAAACCACGACGCAGAAUCUAUGAAAAACACAACACGCGGAAUUUAUGAAUUGGAUGAAAAAAAUUUACAGGAAAUCUAAUCUUUUCAGAAAUAUCGAAAAACAAAAAAUCAAAAGAUUUUUUUCAGCGCCCAAAUAAGGAAAAUUAUUAUUGAUCAUCAGACAGUUGGAAAAAUGGUUGAUUUAUGACGGCCAAAACGACGACGACGACACCCUUGAUCGACGGCCAUAAAAAAAAAUCAGCUCGAUCAACAGUGUAAUUCCAUAUUUUCUUCGAUGUUUUUUUUUGACGAGAAAAUUAGUUCGAACUAGUUUUUUUUUGUCUUUUGAUCAUCGGAAAUUUUCAUCAUCAAUGUGGUUAUGUGUGUUUGUAUGUGUGCGUGUGUGUGUUAUUAUGUAUGCAGGUAUUCGACAAAUAAAUUAUCGAUGACAAGCCUGAUUGAUGAACUGCUAUUGAACACACACACACACAAUCGAUCUAUUGAAUGAUCUGAAUGACCUAAAAAAUUAGUUUAGAUCAUCUCAUUAUUAUCAUUUAAUUUGUCGUUGUUGUUUUUUUUUGGGAUUAAAUUGAAAAUUCUAUCAAAAUUGCUUGGAAUAUUGCAGUCGAGAAUUAUUUCAUUGAUACCGGUACAGGUGAUACCGGUAACAUAUCUGAUUUAACAAACGAAAAUAACGCAACAAUAAUAACCGGUGAUAUUGACAACAACAAUAAUACCAUACCGAUAACAAAAAUAACCGGUUCUGAUCCAAUGAGCUCGUAUCAAUUUGUCAAUUCAUUAAGCUCGUGCUAUGGGCCGAGCCGUGGAGAUAAUGGUACGGCUGCAGCCGCAGUGGCAGCCGAUUAUUAUUCACAACAAAUGUAUAAUAGUUGGUCAUCAAAUCCGUCUGCGGCUGCUGCAUCAGCGGCUGUUGUCGCUGCAGCCGCUGCUGUAGGUCAAUCACCAACAUCAUCACCAUAUACGGCUUAUUUACAACAGAAUGGUGGUGGUGGUGGACCAGGACCAGGUCCAGGUGGUCAAGAUCAUCACCAUCAACAACAUCAUAAUUCUCAUCAAACAUCACAUCCAUUAUCUGCAACACAUCAUCGUGACAUUUAUAAUACGGCCGCAGCAGCGGCAGCGGCAGUAUGUUCACAACAACAACAACAACAACAAACCCUAGUUGGUGGCCAACAACCAGUGGUAACAAAUAACCGUUUGGCUAAUAGUCAUCAUCAUCAUCAUCAUCAUCAAACAAAUAAUCAGCAACAACAACAACAAUUAAUGCAAUCACAAUUAUCACAAUUACAGCAACAAGCGGCUGUUGUUGCUGCUACGAGGCAAUCAAAUACAUCACCAUCAUCAUUAAGCUGUAAAUUUGGUAUUGGUGAUCCAUCACAAUCACCACAAGAUCUCAGUACAUCAAGUGGUGGUGCUGGUCAAUCACCGGAACCGCAAACACCAACACAGCCACCAUCAUCAUCAUCAUCAUCAAUAAAUAUAGCACCAUCACAACAACAACAACAACAACAAUCGACUGGUUCACAUCGUAUUAAUGCCGAUAAUCAAUCGGUAACACGUGUUAAUCAUUCUAAUCAAAAUUCCAGUAGCUCAACAACCGGUAAUAAUGGAUCUGGUGCAACAAACAACAACAACAACAACAAUAACAGUCAUAAUAGUAAAUUCAAUUCAAAUAAUAGCAACAACAAUAGUAAUCCACCACAUAUAUAUCCGUGGAUGAGAAAAGUACAUGUUGGCCAAACUGGAGUGAAUUCAAUGGGCGAAACAAAACGACAACGUACAUCAUAUACCCGAUAUCAGACAUUAGAAUUGGAAAAAGAAUUUCAUUUUAAUCGUUAUCUAACACGAAGACGUCGUAUUGAAAUUGCACAUUCAUUAUGUCUUAGUGAACGGCAGAUAAAAAUUUGGUUCCAGAAUCGUCGUAUGAAAUGGAAAAAAGAACAUAAAAUGCAAAGCGUUAUACCACCACAAUUACCUCAAAUGCUUGGCCCAAUUGAUCAUCAUCAUUUACAUCAUCAUUUACAUGGUGAAACAAAGAUAUUUUCGGCUUUAAAUUAAUGGAAAUAUUGGAAUGAAAUAAAUCAAAAUUUGGAUUUAUUUAUGCAAAAAACCGGUCGGUCAUUUUAGUCGUCUUCAUCAAUCAGAACUAACUAACUAUAAAUAAAAAUAAAUACACGUGGAAACAAAUUGAUAAAAAAAAA